AUGGUGGUUACGUAUUUAUACACCACCAAACACGAGGACAGUCGGCAAGACUUGAGGGAGAAUCUGGUUCAGGUGGAGGAGAAGAAGAAAUGGGAACUUUAUGGUGAGAUUUUUGGAUUAGAAAAAUAUGAAAAGUGGUGGCUCUGUGAUUUUCAUGGAAUAUGGGACAAAUUUGGCUACCUUUCAUUAUGGCAGAUCGGGUAUCGGGCCAAUAUUUAUAACUAAUGUUAGUUUUCAGACCAAAAAACGAAAAUCGAGAAUUUUCGGCCUAAACAUUUCCAGACUUGUUUGGAAAUUUAAACCUAAAUUUGUCGCAACCUUUCGUUUGGGGCAGAUUUCAUUUGGCAGACCGGGUGCCGGGCCAAUAUUUAUAUCCAAUGUUGCAAAAUUGGUUGACUAGCUAGCCAAGGGGGUUGCUCUGUGUUCACACCGGAAUAUCGGCCUCUCAUGACCAAGCUCACGACCUAGGUCGUGACCGAGGUCAAGGAGGUUGCCUAAAAUUAUCCGAAAACGGUCUCAAUGCUUGACUAUGAUGGUCAAGACACCUUCUUUUUAGGUCAGCUCGAUUUUUGGCACUUCAGAUAGGUCAGGUCACAACCACGCUGAUUAUGGUCACGACCUUGGUGGUGAGCUUGGUGACGACCUGACGUAAGGAAAGUGUUUUUUGAUGUUCAAGCCACUUUCUUUAGGUCGGGUUGUCAUCAAGCUCGCAACCUGGGUCGUGACCAUAAUCAGUGUGGUUGUGACCUGACCUACCUGAAGUGCUAAAAAAUCGAGCUGACCUAAAAGAAAGUGUCUUGACCAUCAUAGUCAAGCAUUGAGACCGUUUUCGGGUAAUUUUAGGCAACCUCCUUGACCUUGGUUACGACCUAGGUCGUGAGCUUAGUCAUGAGAGACCGAUCGUCCGGUGUGAACACAGAGUAACCUCCUUGGCUAGCACAGUUAUCCAAUUUUGGAACACUGGAUAUAAAUAUUGGCCCGACACUCGGUCUGCCCAAAGAAAUCUGCCUCUAAUGAAAGUUGCGACAAAUUUAGGUUGAAAUUUCUGAAGGAGCCUGGAAAUUUUUAGACCGAAAAUUCUCGAUUUUUAGUCUGAAACCGAAAAUCGAAAGUACUUCUUUUCGAAGUUUUAGGUACCUCUUCUUUUAUUUUUAGUCGUUUUCAGAUGGCCAAGACCCGUUUGCCGACUUGAAAGACCGACCGAAGAAGGAUUGGGAGGACCAAAGCCGGGUUAUUUCGGAUGCUCAAAGAUCCGGACCUGGAGAACAAUCGAUCCCAAUCAUUCUCUCGGAUGAAACGGAAGAGCACAAGAAAGAACGAGUGAGUUUUUGAUUUAAUUUUGGAUGGUUUUCGAAAAAGAAGAUGCAUUUUUUUUCCAUUUUUAGAAAAAAAUCUUCCUGGACAAUGGCUUUGACGCCGUGUUUAGCGACAUGAUCUCGCUUGACCGGGCCGUCAAAGACUUGCGUCAUCCACAGUGCAAGGACCUCCGAUACAUCGAUAAACUCCCCAGUGUCUCCGUCAUCGUCCCUUAUCAUAAUGAGGUGGGAAAAUAAUGUGAUCUCUGAGGGCCUUGGAAAUUUAAUUUUUUAAAUUUUGAUCCAUUGUUUUCGGAGUUACCGCCGAUAUAAAGAUUUUAGUUAUAUCUAGCUGGGUUUUGCUGUUUUUUGAAUUUGGUUUGCUGAAAUUUGGAGUAUUAUUUUUCAGCAUAAUACGACCCUUCUCCGCACGGUGCAUUCGAUAAUAAACAAGUCUCCGAAGGAAGUGCUCCAUGAGAUCAUUUUGGUGGACGAUGACAGCGAUCGCGCAUAUUUGAUGGCUCCGUUGGAUGAUUAUUUGAAAUCUAGAGGCUUGGACAAGCUAGUCAAGGUUAUAAGGCCAGGGUAUGUUGGACUUGACCUUUCUUUUGAGAUUUUCUUAUUUUAGGACAUAAAUUUUUUUGGUAUUUAUUAUUUUUUUGCUUCAGAAAGCGUCAUGGAUUGAUUAGAGCGCGUCAAAUUGGAGCAGAACACGCGACUGGAGAGAUCCUGAUCUUCUUGGAUUCGCAUUCAGAAGCAAUGCCCAACUGGAUCCCACCGCUUGUGGAGCCGAUUGUCAUGGAUUAUAAGUGAGUUUUGGAUGAAAAGAACGUUUGUUUUUGUCAGCCUAAUUUGAAAGGUUUAUUUGGUUAAUAAUUUGGGAAACAAAAGAGCAAUGUUUGAGCAAGAUAUACGUUUGGGAUUUCUAUUGUUUGGCAUGGAAAUUUUUGUUAAAUUAUUAUUUUUUGUUAUAAAAAGUAUGGUGCCAAAAAUGGGGGUUUUUUUGGGAAUCCCAGAAAUGUAAUUUUUGUCAAUGUUGACUCAUUUUUUCAAGUUAUUAGCGAAAAAAGUCUUCCAGGCUCGUCUGACCUUCCAUUAAUAAUAUUAAGAGUAUAAUUUAUAGAACAGUGGUUUGCCCGUUUAUCGAUGUGAUCGACUGCAACACGUUUGAUAUUCGACCUCAAGAUCAAGGAAUGAGAGGGUCUUUCGCAUGGAACUUUGAUUACAAACGCCUUCCAUUGCGCCCAAAAGACCAAAAAUUGCCCACAGACCCGUUCGAAAGCCCGGUUAUGGCCGGCGGAUACUUUGCAAUCAGCGCGAAAUGGUUCUGGGAACUUGGCGGAUACGAUGAAAAGCUGGACAUCUGGGGUGGAGAACAGUAUGAACUCAGUUUUAAGGUAGUUUGUAUACUUGUUUUGGGGGUUCUGGGGAAUUAUGAGUUGGAAAUUUGAAGUCGAAUAGGUCUGGACGAUUUUUUUUUUUUUUUUUUUUUUUUUUAUUUUUUUAUUUGGGAAUAAGGGAUUACAAGUUGAAAAGCUUGAUUUUUUUAAGCCGAAAAAUGGAGCCCUUGAGCUCCUAGACAUGUGACUUUUGUAAAUUUUGAUCCAUUAUUUUCCAAGUUUUUAGCAAAAAAAUUGCCACACCCGGCCAUCCCCGUUUAGGUAUUUAUGAUAAAUUUUAAACAUAUAUUGUAGGUGUGGCAAUGCCACGGCCGUAUGAUCGACGCCCCCUGCUCUCGAGUCGGCCAUAUUUAUCGCUGCAAACGGCAUGGCGAAGCGACUCCCUUCGGAUUUGGCGACUACCUGUCCCGGAAUUACCGAAGAGUCGCCGACGUCUGGAUGGACGAAUACAAAGUUCACUUGUUCAAACGACGACCCGGAAUCGAAAGCGCCAAACCGGGAGACCUGAGCAAAAUGUUGGCAAUCCGCGAGAAAUUACAAUGCAAAUCGUUCGAUUGGUUCAUGAAGAAUGUCGCCGACGAUCAGGACUUUUAUUACCCGGCGGUCGAGCCAGAACCCUCAGCGAAUGGUGAGAGAAUUGGAGUCGGGAAUGAUGGUGUCUGGUUUAGGUACGGUGAAGAACAUUGGCAAUGGAAAAUGCCUCGAUGCCCUGUAUCAUUCGGACGGAGAACGGGUCGUGAUCAAUCAGUGUGGUCCAGGAGAACAGGUGAGGACUUUUGAGUUCAGAAUUUGGCGAUUUUCGGGAAGCAGAGAGCUCAAACGGGAACUGGGACGAUUGGGGAAAAGUAUGAUUGGGAAACCGAAAAGUAUUAUUUUUCUUCGAUGCAAAUGUCGAAAUUACGAUAAUCGGGGAUGCUGAUUUAGAAAAUGACAUUCGUUUUUUUGAUUGUUACUUUUUUCCUUAAGUAGUACUGUAAAGUAGUAAUUUUUUGAAUUUUUUUCAUAAAUACUCGAUGUAGGGGUUUUCGAGGGUGCUGAUUUCGAAAAUCAUGUUCAUUUUUUCUGAUUGUUACCUUUUUCAUUAAGUAGUAAUGUUAGGUAGUAAUUUUUUGAAAAUUUUUUAAAGGUACUGGUUUUCGAAGGUUCUGGUUUCGAAAAUCAUGUUAACUGUUUCUCUAGUAUUAAAUAGUACUAUGUGAUACUAUGUAUUACGAGGUGUAAAUAUCAGUACUGAGCACCAGAACAACACCACUAACACCUAAAGGCCACACUUUAUUUUCAAAAAAUUACUACCUAACAGUACUACUUAAGAAAAAAGUGACAAUCAGAAAAAUGAACAUGAUUUUCGAAAGCAGCACUAUCGAAAACCCCUAAAUCGAGUAUUUAUGAAAAAAAUUCAAAAAAUUACUACUUUACAGUACUACUUAAGGAAAAAAGUAACAAUCAAAAGAAUGAAUGUCAUUUUCUAAAUCAGCAUCCUCGAUUAUCCUAAUUUCGACGUUUGCAUUGAAGAAAAAUAAUACUUUUCUGUUUUCCCAAUCGUCCAACUCCGGCUCAAACGGAAGGCUUGUUUAAGGCAAUAAUAUUAAAAAUAAUGAAGAAAGUUUUCACCCAGCUUAUUUUAGAACUUCAAACUGACCAAUUACCUGGAUUUGAGGACCAGCGAGAAGUGCCUGGACAUUCCGAAGAACUCGAAAAAAGCCCCGGUCGUACUGUAUCACUGUCAUAUGGGGAAAGGAAAUCAAAUGUUCAGGUAUGUCCCCGCUACCAAACAGAUUCUACACCCGACCACCGGCCUUUGCCUGGAUUCGGACUCAACAACGGACGAAGUUUUUGGAGCCGUUUGCGAUACGGACUCAAAAACACAGAAAUGGCAGUUCGAUAAUGUGAAUCUAAAAUUGCUGAAGGAGAGAUACGCCAACGAGAAGGAUUUGUAA